AUGUUCUUGUCUCCUGUUCUACGUGGUUGGAGGCAGCGUGGAUGGCGGUGGGAUAUACUGCAGCGAGGCCGGCGACGUAUGGUGCACAUAGAAUAUCCACCGCGAAAAAGGUCUCCAGUGAAGAAGCUGCACGACAGCUACGACAAGCUGCUAUUUGUGUGUCAAGGGUACAUAGACCGCCUGUCGAUCGAGAAAUUGCCUCCUGCUCUGCAGCAGCAGCUGAAAGAGCUGCGGGCGAGCCCGGUGCCUCUCUACGACGGGCGGCUGCCGUGGUCUGAAGACUUGCAGAAAGCGAUCCGAAGGACAGCUGUUCCGUGUCUCGCCUUCGCCACUGGGCACUCUCAUCAUCUGCUAGAGGCUUUCACUAUGGAGGAAGUGCUCGCUUUUGAACGGCUAAUUCCUGAAAUCCGCCAGGGAUUCGCAGAGCUUAAGAAGAGAUUGCCAGAGGAGGAGGAGGCAUCCGCGCGAACGCGCCACCGAGCCUUGGACCUGACGGAAUAG